AUGCUGGUAAUUUAUUUGGAAGCCAGCCGGGACCUUUGCGAGACGGACUCAAUUCUUUUUGGCGCCGUACUGGCAGUUUGCUGUAUUAUUGGCGCCAAACUUCCCAUGGCUGGAUGCGCUACUAAACAAAGUAGCGCCAUCCCAGGCUGGAGAAAAAGAAUUGAGGACCGUAUCGCAAAGACAAGGGCCCUUAUCGGCAGACUGACAAGCUUCAGGUCGGGUAAUAAUAGACCGAGAGUUGUGCGCACCGUUAGAAUGGUGUUUGCUGGGACAAAUAUCGGUUUGUCUCAGCUGGAUAUCACGCAAAAAGUAACGGAGCGCAUAGACGUCCUGAAGCAAAAGAUCGCUGCUUGGGGGAAGCGGAUCCGGCGAUUUACCGAGAGGUCAAGGAGGUUCAUCUAG